CCCGCCUCGGUAGACAGCCUCCGGCGUCGGGGCCGAGGGUUGCGUUUACGGCUGCGGCGUGCCGGAAAGUGCGUGAGUGCCGCGCCGGGGCGUCUUAUUUUGUUUUCCAGAUGCUUGAGUCUGGAGGCGAUUUGCUGGGGCGAAUCUUUCUUUGCGGAUUUCGAGAAGGAAGGGGGCCGCCGGCUACGCGACUGGGUCAAGUGACUGACACCGGGUCGGCUUCCUGGGCCGCCACCGCUUAGACCAGCGGGGGCCCGGGCUCGAUUGGCAGUUUAGAAAAAAAAGAGGAGCUCUAAACAAGAACUGGAAAUAAUUUGAAGUAGUUCCUGGGGAACGUAUACCUUACUGGUGGAGGUCUCAGAGACCCAGCAAGACGCGCUAAAUUCUGUGCCCAGAGUCAAGGUCACAGUAUACUAACCGGUAGCACGACCCUUCGAAUGUCGGUCUACCAACAUGAAGAAACUCUGGCAGCUUAGACCAACAGGAAAACCAGAAGAAAGGUUAAGGAGCAGCUCCAGGUCCCUGCUGCAUUUAAACUGUUCACCAGUUCACCCAAGGAAACCUGUUUCUCCUAAAGGCUAAAGUACACUUAAAUGCCUGAAGGUAUAUUACAAUAUAAAAGUGGAUAUUUUCCAUGAUAAAUGAAAAUGGCCAAUUCUUUAAGAGGAGAAGUAUUGAAUCUUUAUAAGAAUCUGCUGUAUCUUGGACGAGACUAUCCAAAGGGAGCAGACUAUUUCAAAAGGCGUCUGAAGAAUGUUUUCCUUAAAAACAAAGAUGUGAAGGACCCAGAGAAGAUCAAAGAACUUAUUGAACGGGGCAAAUUUGUAAUGAAAGAACUAGAAGCAUUAUACUUCCUUAGGAAAUAUAGAGCUAUGAAACAACGCUAUUAUUCAGACACCAACAAAACUAAAUGAUCAGUAUUUCUAUAAUUUGACUGAGAUCAGUGCCAGCUGCUUAUGUACCAGCUAGGACAAAAAUAACUUUAAAGUGUCAAGAUAUAUACUGUGUUCAAAAUACCUGAGCCGCCUUACUGAACUGAAACAGGUUUCAACUUCUAUUGCUUUAUCAGCAACCUUUAUGCUCAAUGUUUAUAUAACAAUUAACUAAUGUUAAAUGUCAAUUUUAUAGUAAUUUAGCUAUAUAAUGGUGCCAACUACUUAUUAAAAAUUGAUGAGCACCCAACUUUGAAUGGAAAUAUAAUGUACUUAAGUUUUGUUGAAAAAUUCGCCAAUUAUUCUUAGCCCAUUUCUGCAUUUUACUGAAAAGAGAAUGCCAUUUAAUGUACACUUAAGCAGAAUAAUUUCUUGCAAGUUUAUUUCCUUAACUUUUAAAGGAGCUCAUUUUUUACCCCAUUUGAAACGUUAACAGCACAUAUCCAAUGUUCACUGCAAAAGUAGCAGCAUCUGGUGAUGAUUUAAGUGCAGUUAGUAGAAAUAAUAUGUAUAGAGUUAAGAACUUGAAACAGCCUACCAGUGACUGGCAUUACAUAAUAUACCUAUUUAAUUAUUUCCAGUAUUAAUUUUGCAGUUGGAUGCCUUUGGGCCUUAAAUCACCUGUUGUAUAUUAAUUACCUUCUUCAAUAAAAUGUAAUGAUUUAUGUUAUUCUA